GGCUCCGCCGCAGCGGGUCCCCGCCGGCCGCCCCGGCCUGCCCCCCGGCGCGGCUCGAGACCGGAGGGAGGGGAAGCGCUGGGGCCCGGCGGGCGCGGAGGGUGCUGGGGUGAGCCGGGCCCCGCGGAGCGGAGCAGAGCGGAGCGGAGCGGAGCGGGGGGUCGCGGCCCGGCCCGGCGCGGCCCGGCGAUGUGCCCGUUCCUGCCCCCUUUCUAACGCCGCUUCCGCCCCAUGGAAGGGGAAGCAGCGGCCGCUGGCUGCCGGCCGGCCCUGGCCGUCGGCGGGGGCCCGGGGGGCGGCGGUGCCCGCCCGGGGGGGCCGGGCCGCGCGGAGGGUGGAGCGGGCGCCGCGCCGCAGCCCUCGGCCGCCUCGCAGAGCAGCGCCGAGGCCUCGGCCCUCGACGGCUUCCCCCUGCGGCACUCAAACACACUGACAAACAGGCAGCGGGGCAAUGAGGUCUCGGCCCUUCCCGCCACGCUGGACACAUUGUCCAUUCACCAGUUAGCUGCCCAAGGUGAGCUCAGCCAGCUGAGGGAGCAUCUUCGGAAAGGUGAGAACUUGGUAAAUAAACCUGAUGAGAGAGGCUUCACCCCGCUGAUCUGGGCUGCUGCGUUUGGAGAGAUCGAAACGGUCCGUCACCUGCUGGAAUGGGGCGCUGACCCCCACGCGCUGGCAAAGGAGCGGGAGAGCGCCCUGUCCCUCGCCAGCAUGGGGGGCUACACGGACAUCGUCAUCAUGCUGCUGGAGAGGAACGUGGACAUCAACAUCUACGACUGGAACGGCGGCACCCCUCUCCUCUACGCCGUGCGCGGCAACCACGUGAAGUGUGUCGAGGCCUUACUAGCUCGCGGCGCCGACCUGACAACGGAGGCAGAUUCUGGCUACACCCCCAUGGAUCUGGCUGUGGCCCUGGGACAUAAGAAAGUCCAACAGGUUAUUGAAAAUCAUAUCCUCAAGCUAUUUCAGAACAAGGAGCUGGAGUGACGUGGUUUCUGCUGCAUCGCUGCAAUGCCAGCGCUUCUCCUGGCCGACGCAAAGGCUGCCCAUGACCACUGCGGCUUGAGCCAGCGGUCCCGAAAAGGGCAGCAGAGCGAUGCUUCUAGCAAGAAGCACGUGGAGGAAGCAGGGAACUGCCUGUCCCAGGCGGAUUUACAUCUCUCCCAGAGGGCAGCACGGCCUCAGCGCCUCACACCUGGAGGCACCAGUUCCUUGGGGCAGCUGCAUGUCUGCUCUGUCCAGGCUCAGUUGCUUUGUGCGCACGGGUAUUCAGGUUAUUGCAUUUUUGGAAGUAAACUCUAAAGCAGC